UUUCGGUCUGCUCCAAGAUGGCCGCCCCCACGGCGCGGCGCGCGCUGCUCCUGGCGCGGAGCGCGGCUCGGCCUCGGCUCUCCCCGGCAGGUAAAAGAUGCCUGCUUUCUGCAGCAUAUGUAGAUGGCCACAAAUGGGAAGCAAGAGAAAAAGAACACUGUCAUCUUGCUGAUCUCGCAUCUUUAAUGGAUAAAACAUAUGAAAGAAAAUUACCUGUUAGUUCUUUAACAAUAUCACGGUUUGUGGACAACAUUUCAUCUCGAGAAGAGAUAGACCAUGCAGAGUAUUACCUUUACAAAUUUCGACACAGCUCCAACUGCUGGUACCUGAGAAACUGGACUAUCCACACCUGGAUUAGGCAGUGCCUAAAAUACGGUGCACAAGACAAAGCCUUAUAUACGCUUGUCAAUAAGGUUCAAUAUGGAAUUUUUCCAGAUAACUUUACAUUCAAUUUGCUGAUGGAUUCUUUCAUAAAGAAAGAAAAUUACAAGGAUGCUUUAUCUGUGGUUUUUGAGAUCAUGAUGCAAGAAGCAUUUGAAGUGCCGUCCACCCAACUUCUCUCCCUCUUUGUGUUAUAUCAUUGCCUGGCAAAGAAGACAGACUUCAGUUGGGAAGAAGAGAGGAACUUCGGUGCAUCCCUAUUACUUCCAGGCCUCAAACAGCAGAACUCAGUGGGUUUCAGUUCCCGGUUGUAUGGCUGUGCCCUUCUUGGGAAGGUGGAAUUGCAGCAAGGGCUACGGGCUGUAUACCACGACAUGCCUCUGAUGUGGAAGCCAGGCUACCUUGACAGAGCCCUUCAAGUGAUGGAGAAAGUGGCCUCUUCCCCAGAAGACAUAAAGCUCUGUGGAGAAGCGCUCGAAGUACUGGACACAGUGCUGAAGACUCUGACUUCUCCGGCUGAUGGGGCUUCAGAGGAGCAGUCCCAGGAAGGUGAAGACAACCAGGCAUCAGAAAAACUGGUGGAGCAGCUAGACAUCGAAGAAACAGAGCAGUCCAAGCUCCCUCAAUACCUGGAGCGAUUUAAGGCCUUACAUUCUAAGCUUCAGGAGCUGGGCAGAGUCGAGUCAGAAAGUCUCUUGAGUCUGACCACUCAGCUUGUCAAGCAAAAGCUGCCCACCUGUGAAGCAGAGGACAUCGCCGCCUAUGAGCAGGCUCUGCAGCAGUGGCAUCGGGAGCGGGUGCAGUUGAUGCAGAGAGAACAAGAACAGAGGGAGCGGGCGAAACAGGAGUUUGAGGCCCGCCAAGCAGCAAAGGCAUCUGCCUAACCGGCCCCAGGCCCCAGCCCUACCCCAGGAAUCUCUGGAUCCGGCAGUGGCUGGGACAGCAGCCUCUAUUUCCUCUAUUUGUCUUCUUUCCUUAAGGCAGGCCACGUGGUCUGAAUAUCAGGGCAUCGCGACUGCCCCUUCAGAUGCCAAGAAGGGCUGAGGAACUGGGAAAGUGAUCAGAUUGAAGCUGCCAGCUGGAUACCUUGAAGGGGCCCUCGAGGCGUAUGGUGGGCACAGGGUUCGGUUUUGAGCGUGGCAUUUUCUAGUACCUCGUGAAGGUGCUAAGAGAAGGCGCGGCUGAAGAGGCAGGUCUCCAGCACAGACUUGGAGGGCUCCGGGCUCUUCAGGCCAAGAUGGGCCGCACCUGAGUCUCUCCGAGCGCGAGGGCACUGUGAGCCCGCUGCCCCGGCUUGCACGUCCCGCUUCUCCCCUCCCCCAUGUCUCGCCUUCCUGACCUGCCCUGGGAGAAAGUCAGGACCAGAGAGCCACAAACACUGGAUUUCCAAUGUUCAGCCCCCAAAGUGACAUUUUUAGAAUGUGAGGGCUUUUGAGGAGAAAACUGGCCUCGUAGGAAGCCUUCUUGGCUUGGCUGCUUCAUCAUGUGGGGGUAAUAGUUUUCCAAACGUUGCCUCGGGUCCCUUAUCAAAAGGUAAAACGAGCCUUUUGUGUGCACACACAGACACGUGUACGACCUGCGAACACACAUUUCAGUUAAGGAAGCUGGAGGAAAUGUGAGAUGGGACGGGCUUGAAGUGCAUAGGAGAUGGAAGCUGUGAAACCGGCAGGAGAUGGAACCUUCGGAGGUUUUUCUUCUGUGAAAGGGGUCAGUCGGCUUUUGCUCGCUAUGUGAUGUUGCCUUUAAGUCCAGUGGUGUACUUUUUAUUCAGAAUUGUUCUCUUUUAUCAAAAACCUGUGGGAAUAAAUGUUCUGGGAUUA